GAUUCUUUGCCUGAUCAUCGAGCACAAUGGUUAUCGAACAGUUUGAUACCAGUCUCGGGCUUGAGGGCUCGCAUGUUCUCGUGACUGGCUCAAGUGGAGCUAUCGGGUCUCUAGUCGUCCAGGCUUUUCUGUCGGCCGGAGCAUUUGUUUCAGCAUUCGAUAUUACUGAGCCGAAGAAUCAAACUUCACAUGAACGGCUGUAUUCACAGACGGUCGACAUCACGGACGAGACGGGUCUGGAGCAAGCUAUGGAGGAUGCCAGGGCAAAGUUCGGAGUGGUAUCGACGUGCAUUGCAGUUGCUGGUUUGGACUUAUCAUACCUGCCACAUCAUUCCCUCGCAGACAUGCCUCUGGCGGACUGGCGAAGAAUUAUGAACGUCAAUGUCGACGGGACAUUCUUGACUUGUCGAGCCUGGCUCCGAGGCAUCCGCCAGCAUGCAACGACCAAGACGAGAAACAUCUCCACGGUGGUAUUCGGCUCUGAAGCUGGUAGAUUCGGAAUCUCGACUUGCGCACCAUAUGCGACCUCAAAGGCUGCAAUCCAGUAUGGUCUUGUCAAGUCACUCGCACGAGAUGCUGUAGACAUCAACCCAAAUUGUCGAGUCAACGCUAUUGCGCCAGGAGCAGUAGAUACGGCGCAGUUCAGGAUUGAAUGCGCAGCAGAUGGUCAGGCGAUGUGGCGCGAGGCUGAGGCGACAGUUGCCUUGAGGAAACCUGUUGCGAUAGCAGCUGUUGCCAGGGCAUGUCUCUUUCUUGCAAGCGAUAAUUAUGCGGGCAACAUCACUGGUCAGUUACUGCCGGUGGAUUGUGGGAAAAGUGGCAGUCUGCUCUGGCCGCAGUAGACUUGAUCGAGAUCAGACGUCUCCAUUACCGCGCUCGGAGCCGGGGUUGACGGUCCACUUGGGGGCAUACCUGCAUUGGAGUACAUAACGCACACAUAUACGAUGAUCCAUCGCGAGGGGGGCGAUCGAGCAUUCACGGCCAAGGACAGCGGCUGCUUCAUUUGUUCAAGACCGAUGACAGCUCAUCCAAUGAAGC